UCCAGCCCGAGAGCGCCGAGCGCAGGUGUGUUGCGAAGAUCGCGGGCAAGGGCGCGUUCUCCGACCGCUGCGCUCCCAUUCCCAGCCAUGCUGCCCGCUGCCGUCCGGAGGUGGCUGCACAGACCCAAGCGUUCUGAUCCAAGACUACUGUCACAGUUUUUCUAUGCUGAUGAACGAGUGACUCAAGUGGUAACAGAAAUCAAUUGCUUGGAUGUAGAGACCGAUCCUCAACAAUAUCUGACACUGUUAAACCAGUUGCAUCUUAGUCAGGCUGAGUUAUUGGCUAUCAUAGAACAAAUCAUGGAGGAAUGUAUCCCCAAGGAACGACAUGGUCGUGACUAUGUCAUUAAAUUCCCUGAAGACCUUCUAGUGGACAACCUACGGAACCAUAUGUUGUUUGCUGCUGAGUGCCUCAUGGCACGCACCUAUAUUGACGUGGAGGAGGCCGAUGGAGUACGGCUACGUCCUCUGGCCAAAGAUUUGCUGUGCAGCUUAGAGGUGGUGCGGAUGGUACUCCGAGAGCAAAGCUUAAACCAACCUGGACCUUAUUCAGAGACUAUCCGGAGAGCAUUAAUCCGCUUCGAUGUGCUUUUUGCUGAGUUUGAACUGAGCUAUGUGUCAUCUUUAGUUUCUGUUAAAUCACCUGAAGAGAUCUAUAGGCAGCAGGAGAUUGUUGUGCUCUUCUGUGAAACCGUGGCUAGAGCUCUGAAACUUGGCUACUUGACUCAGGAGAUGAUUGAUGGAUAUGAACCACAGCUGAUGUUCACCAUUCCCCGCCUAGCUAUUAUUAGUGGUCUUCUGAUCUAUCCAGAUGGACCCCUCAAUUUGGAACGGAGGCCAGAGGAGAUUUCUCGAGUCUUCAGCCCCUUUUAUGUCUUGCUUAGAAAAAUCAGGGAUUUGCUGCGUGUGCUAUCCAAGGAGGAGUUGUACAAGCUGGAAAAACGUGUGCUGAAUGAAUGUGCUACAGAUUCACAGCUCUGCAGUGAUAGGGACUCUCCAGACUUCCAGGGUUUUGCAACUCAGUGUGCCUUCCCAUCAGUCUCAAGGCCCUUUGGACAGGAAUCUGACAGUGCUCAGAGAGGAAUGUUCAUGGAUGUUCCACAGAACUCUCAAAGGCUGGAAUUACGAGCCCGUUACCGCAGUACAGAGGACAUGAUUCACACAUUAUUUGUCUGUAUUUCUGGAGUGGCAGACCAGCUCCAAACUAACUUUGCAAGUGACCUGCGCGCCAUUCUGAAGAGUGUCUUUAAAACUGUGACAUCCCAAGUGGAAGAACUGGAGGUGACAGACACUGGACAGUUGGAUGUCUGUGUGGCACCAACAGUGCCUUCCCUGACUGACUGUGCUCUCUGCUCCAGCAGUAGAGAAGGCGUGAGGAGAGACGAUGCUUUGGUGCCACCAGACUGGGUGCCAGACAGCACUUGCAGCCACUGUAUGGCUUGCCAUGUGCCUUUCACCUUUCUUCGGCGACGGCACCACUGUCGGAGUUGUGGGAAGAUCUUCUGCUCUCGCUGCUCAUCGCACUUGGCAGCGCUGCCCCAUUUUAGGCAGCUGAAGCCAGUCCGGAUCUGUACACACUGCUAUACUACCCACUUGCCUUCGACUAAUAAGAAUGCUAGUUGCCUGUGAGCCUCAGUCUCUGGAUGAGGGCUUUGUCAAACACCAUCUGUGCCUGAGGAACCUCCAAGAACUGGAAGACAACUGCAGCUUGGGUCACCAGCAAAGGACUGUGGGAGCAAUCACACCUGUCUUACUAGGAUUCUCCUCGGAGUAAAGCAAAGGGCUUUUGGUUGUCAGGGCAGGGGUUGGGCUGGAGGAAGAAGCACCAUGUUCUCAUAAGAGGGGAUGAACUCUUCCAUUUUUAUAAUAAAGAACUCUUGGGAUUUGUGGGGUUGGAGCUAGAAUUUAUUAUGAAGAAGUCUGAACAAACUCUUCUAUAUACUAAUAAAGCCUGCUUUUUCUAUGAUGGAAUGAACUCUGGCCCAUGUAGAAAUUGCUUGGUGCUAUUUACCUAACUUCUGGUAGAGCCUAAGGAUAAUUUAUUGUCCUAAGGUUAGUUUUUGACAAAAAAUGAGAUUGUGUUACCAGAUUUGGAUGCAAGUGCAAUAAGGUAUUUAGGAUACUGCUGGUUGGAACUGAAAGGCAGGACCUGGAUUUCCAGCAAUAACUUGUGGAGGACAGCCAUGACAUUUUGUUUUUCAGCUUUGAUGUAGCCAAGAGCUGCAACACUGUUCAUAUGCAAUGUAUGUUUGUAAACUUUUAUGCCGCAUUCUGGGAGAUGCUUUGGAAACUUAUCUGGGAUUAAUACAACUCUUUCUGAAACCACUAUGAGCUGGUUAACUGCCUGAAAACUUGGCUAGACUGGAAGCUCUCUCUCGCUCUCUCCCUCCCUCCCCUCCCUCCCAGAAGAAAGCAAUGCAAAUCACUUCCAUAAUACUGCCAAGAAAACUGCAUGGAUGCAGCCAUGAGGAGUCAAGUUUGACUUGAAUAAACUAACUUUUUA